AUCAGAAAAAGGUUGUUGGAAGUCGUCGUUUUCUUCCGCAGAAUACUGAAAUGGAAGUCAAACUAUAUUUCUGUGGAUAUUCUGAAAUUCUCUUCAUUUGAGCGGAUAUGGAGUCAACAAGUACUGUAGACCGUGCUGGUGCUCCGUCGGCGGUGGUGGUGGCUGUGGCCGUGAAGGGUGGUGGUAAUACUGGAGGAAUUGGCGGCAAAGGCAGUAGAAGAGCUGUACGAUGGGCAGUGGAGAAUCUGUUUCAGAAAGCCGAUCGUUUCAUCCUAAUUCACGUUAUUCCGAACAUCACUUCGAUCCCUACUCCAUCAGGAAAUCACAUCCCUAUUGACGAACUGGAUGCUAAUGUAGUGGCCAUGUAUGUAGAAGACAUGAAAUCACAGAUCGAAGAACUAUUUAUACCAUUCAAGAAACUAUGCAAAGGCAAAAAGAUAGAAACAAUGGUGGUGGAAGGGGAUAAUCCUGCAUCAGGGCUUGUAGAGUAUGCAUCCAUGUCAGGGAUCAAUAGUUUGGUUCUUGGUUCUUGCUCAUCCAAUUGGCUCACAAGGAAACUAUAUGGAGAAGAAGUACCCUUGGAUGUUCUAAAACAAGCUCCAAAAACAUGCAAUAUAUACAUUGUAUCUAGACAUGGACUCAUUUCCAAUUCAGACAGCAGUUCCAGCCAUCAACUGUCUUGUGGCAUGAAUAAACUAUGGUGUUCCCUUUGUUCUUCUUCUAAUGAAUUCAAAAUCAAAAGUAGUACACUUGAAACAUCAUCUGUGGCAUCAAACCAUGAGAAAGUUUCAAUAAUGUCUGCUACUGAUGAAAGGGGUAGUUCCCGAAGAACAUUUGGUGAUGUGAUUUUGCAAAAUGGAAGUUCUGUGUCUUCAACAUUUUCAGAUAAGUCAAACUUGCAUGCUGAAGUUGAAAAACUCCGACUCGAGUUAAGACAUGCUGUAAACCUGUACAAUCAAGCUUGUGAUGAACUGGUUCACACCCAAAACAAGGUCCAAAUGCUUUCAUUUGAUAGCAAAGAAGAUGCCAAUAGAAUUCAUUCUUCAGUACAACGUGGAGAGAAAUUCCGGAAAAUUGCAGCUGAAGAGAAAGAAAAACAUCUGGAAGCAAUUAAAGAAGUUGAAAUUGCAAGAAACAUGUUAGCAAUAGAGGCUUACGAAAGAGAAAUAGCAGAAAUAAAAGCCAUGAAGGAAUCCUCCGAGAAACAACAGAUUGUUGAAGCAUUAUUUAAUAACAAUGACAAACGUUACAGAAGAUACACAAUCAACGAGAUUGAAUUAGCAACAGAUUCCUUCUCAAAAUCAAAAGUUGUAGGUGAAGGAGCCUAUGGUAAAGUCUACAAAUGUAAUAUAGACCAUACCACUGUAGCCAUUAAAGUUCUUUGGUCAGAUACAUCCGAAAAGAAACGCGAGUUCCUAAAAGAGAUUGAGGUUCUAAGUCAACUAAGCCAUCCACAUAUACUACAACUUCUCGGAGCAUGUCCCGAAAGAGGCUGCUUACUAUACGAAUACAUGGAAAACGGAAGCCUCGAAGACCACAUCUACCAAAAAACCACCAAACACCAUCUUCCAUGGUCCACGCGUUUUCGUGUACUAUUUGAAGUUGCAUGUGCGCUAGCAUUUUUACAUAACUCAAAACCCGACCCUAUAGUACACCGUGAUUUAAAACCGGGAAACAUUUUACUUGACCGAAAUUUCGUGAGCAAAAUUGGCGAUGUAGGAAUGGCAAAACUUAUUACGGAUAUGGUACCGGAUAAUGUCACGGAGUAUAAAGAUUCGAUUCUUGCGGGGACCAUGUAUUAUAUUGAUCCGGAGUAUCAUAGAACGGGUACGGUUCGACCUAAAUCGGAUUUAUAUGCUUUUGGGAUUAUAAUCUUGCAGUUGUUGACUUUGCUUAACCCGAAGGGGAUUAUUGAGAAAGUUGAGUUGGCGGUUUCUCGUGGGAAUUUGGUUGAUGUGUUGGAUGAUUCGAUAAGUGAUUGGCCAUUAAUGGAAGCGGAAGAAUUGGCUUUGUUAGGUCUUAAGUGUUGUAGUCCUAGAUGUAGGGAUAGACCGGAUCUUGAUACGGAGAUACUUCCGGUUUUGAAGAAGCUUUGUGAAGUUGGUGAUACUAGUAGGAAGGUUGGGGGAAACAACAAUGAUGUUCCUAGUCAUUUCUAUUGUCCAAUCGUCCAGGAAGUCAUGAAUGAUCCUCAUAUUGCUGCUGAUGGUUUUACAUACGAACAUAGAGCUAUAAAGAUAUGGCUUGAAAGACAAAACGAAUCACCAGUCACAAAGCGUCGCCUAAAACACAAAACAUUAACUCCCAACCACACAUUGCGCUCAGCCAUACAAGACUGGAGAUUACUUUCAACAGCCUCAAACUCAAAAAAUUCAGCAUGA